AUGGCCAGCUGCCAUGGUGGUUCUUUACGCCUUCCAUUGGACAGAACCCACUCACACACGCAAUCUCAUAACAAACCACGAACUCGACCACCCUGCCACGGUGGCAUGCGGUGGACAAAGGGAGUUAGUGGUGUUGAGAAAUUUCCAGACGGCAGCAGUGAUGCAGUCAUAGGGAGAGAAAUGAGGAGAGGAGGAGGUGGUUCGAACCCACCGAGUACAACAGCAGCAACCGCGGCGGAGAGGCACCUACUCGAGUCCCUGUCGGCAAUUUCGUCUCAACAGCAAUGGCAGCAAGCUUCGUCGGCAUCCAUGGAAGGAGGUGGCGGAGAAGAUGGGAGGGCAAUCCAUGAGCAACCGGCGACAACAACGCAUGUAGCUUCGCUUUCCCGGUAUUAG